AUGACGACCGAUCAGACAAAAAGUCAGUCUCGAUUCGUCUAUCUAGACGGCCCCGGCGACUGGGAAGUCUGGGAACAAGACUUCUUGAGCAAAGUCAAGCUCCAACGCGUCUGGGACCAAGUCCAGGGAACGAAGCCCCUGAGGAAAGAACCGAUAUGCCCGGAACCCGAUCAGGGCUACGCAACCCGAGCGAACGCGGCCCGAGGCGCGCAAUCCGCGACAGACUCGACAAUCACCGUAGCUUCAGGCUCUCGACCGAUAUCCGUGGCGGAUCUCACCGACGGCGGCCGCACUCGAUUCAACGAAGACAUGGCAACCUACAUCCGUCUGGAAACCCUCUACGUGCAAGAAGCGAAGGCCAUGGCAGAAAUCGGCGAGUUCGUCAUCAAGACCGUCAACCCGAAGUAUCGACGGACCUGCUGCAAAGCAGAUGACUCGAUCUCCCAGUGGUACAUCAACCUGAAGAAAGAGGUGGGAGCCACAACCGAAUGGGGAUACAACAAAGCCAGCAACGAUUACCACGAAGCCCUCAAGCCAUUAGCGAAAAUCAAGGACUAUGAGACCUUCAUCGACAAAUGGGAAACGGCAUUUUCCGUCGCCAACGACAAGGGAGUCGCCGAGACGCUCAACUACCUCUCGUGGUCGCGGGAUUUUUUCCGAUCCAUCAAGAACGUUCCAGAGGCUAUCGCGUGGGGAAUAUCAUACCGUCAAACCAAAGGGCAAGACUUCCAAGAAGGGAAGCUCACGUAUCGUGACUUUGCGGUGGACUUUCGCAACGAGAUGGGCCUGGUCGCGCCCACAACAAUGCACAAAAAGAUUGGGAGAGGUGCAUUUGGACCUACCUACGCGGAUCAGGAGGCCAACGACCAAAACGCAGAAGGCGCAUCCAGAGGGCGGGGAGGACGCACCCGUUCAGGCAAGAAACGCACGCGAGACAACCGAUCGUUUUCGUCGAAGUGCAUGCUCUGUGACGUCCCGGGACACAAGAUCGAGGAGUGUUUCUUUCUGUCCCAACAAGCCCCAACCUGGUUUAAGCCAACGGAUGAGAAAAGAGAGGAGAUUGAAGCUCGCAUUGAAGAAGAUGUGAACAUCAAGAGGAUUGUUCAAGGCAUGAGGGGCAAGCGCCCUAGGACAGGAACCAGAUCGGGAAGCAGCCGAUCAGCGUCCGAAAGACUCACCAAACAAGAAGGGACACCGGGAGACUCCCGAUUAGCCGUCAGGGGAUACGGAGACGUAACCCAUCCAGUUGGGGACCACGCGGAAGGUCAUGAGACUUCGAGACGUGGCAUUCAUCCCCUAGCAUUCAGUGCAACUUGGUCUCCUUGCGUCUCAUCAGACGGCAGGGAUUUUACUGGGGACAACCGAAAUGACCCAACCCUCCUCAGGAGAAGAGUAGACAACUCUGUGGUGUGUCGACUCCGGGACCUACACGGGCAGUACGUCAUCGAAUACAACGACGCCAUUUCCAACCAUGCAUCUUUUGCAACCCGAUCAGCACGCUGGACGAACUGGAAACGACCAUCAGUCACAGCAGAAGCCCAGAAAUGGCACCUCCGAUACGGGCAUCCAGGACCAGAGGCCUUAGCCCGACUGCAGCGGACAGCUCAGGGGGUGAAGAUCAGAGGGCCAACCACAGUCCAGUGCGAGGCAUGCGCCAAGAGCAAGAUCAAGCGACAGAUCAGUCGUCGUCCACGCCAAUUUACCCAAGGGGUAGGCGAGAGACUAGCCGUCGAUUUCCACGAAUACACCCAAGGAUACGAAGGAUUCAAGCACCUGAUGCUGGUCACCGAUCGCUGGUCUGGACUGGUCUGGGAUUUCUACCUCACCGAUCGGAAGGGGAAGACACUUGUGGAAGCCUUUGACGGACUCUGGAUCUACCUGGACACGCAGUACAGGAUUCGCCCCGCGGUCAUCGAGACCGACAACGAAGUCAUGAAACAUGACGGGAUCAUUUCAUGGGCAGCCGAGAAAGGUAUCCGUUUCGAGCCCUCAGUCACCGUACACUCAAGCACAGAACGGGCGGCGCAGAGCGCUCAGGGGAUCGGAACCCACGCGGGAGGAUUCGCCCAGGCAAGGAAGCCUGAAGGCACGCAUCUGAAAGCGUACGGAUGCAAGGCAUACGCCAUGACGGCGAAAGCACAAGAGAAGAAGGAUCGAAUCAGGAGAUUCAACCCCAAGGCUUGGGUAGGAUAUUUGAUCGGAUAUCAAUCGUCCAACAUCUAUCGAGUAUGGGUUCCCUCGCUCAACCGCGUCAUCAGCACCAGGGACGUGAUCUUCAACGAAGACGAGUUCUUCAGCGGCAACGUGGAACAACUGCGAGACGACUUGCGGAUCCUCAACGAAGAGGACCUGAAGAAGGCCUUGGACACUGCCGAAUUACCCGAACCCGACCUAGAGGACGAGCCAACAGGCCGAUCAGGAGAAGACGAGGAAGUGAUGGACAUGGGAGAUCCUCUGGAUCCAGUGGAAGACUCAAGCUCAGAGUCGAAGCUCACCUCUACACGAUUCGAGCCUCUCCCUACUCCGCCUCAGUCCCCUCCAGCAGCGUUCUUCACCACCAUGCUACCCCGUGGGAGCAGGCCUACAAUGCUGGAAGGCAGACCGCUGAUCCGAAGUCCGCGAGGGGAGAAGCGUAUCAAGCGCGCAGACGUCGGCUUAGACCGAUGCGAUCCGAUCAGAACUGCCAGUACCCCCAAAGAACGGGAGAGUGCAGGAUCACCCCUAAAGGAACUGUUCCAUCAAGCGGAACUCGAUCACCUGAAGAGCCAUGACCAGAUGCAGUCCUGGAGAGAAGUUCCCAGGACUGUGGCCCAAGGCAAACAGAUCCUUGGUUGCAUGUGGGUAUACGUCUACAAGACGGACAAGCACGGUUACUUUGUGAAGUGCAAGGCUCGUCUGGUCGUGAGAGGAGACCAGCAGCGGUGGUCAGCAGGCGAAGAGACCUAUGCCGCGACACUGGCCUGGCCGAUCAUCCCUCAUGAGCCCUGCUGUUUCAAGAAGGACGGCAUCCUUGUGUUCUUUUACGUCGAUGACAUAGUCUUCGCGUUCCGCAAAGAAAAGAGACUCCUAGAAAAGGUUCUCGCCGCGAAGCUGGGUCAGCGAUACGAACUCUCAGGGGGUGGGGGACUUCAAUGGUUCCUCGGGAUCGAAGUGAUCAGAGACCGGACAAAACGUUUGAUCAGGCUCUCUCAGACGGCGUAUAUCGACAAGAUCAGCAAGCUGAUUCGAGGACCGGCGAAAAGCGAGGUGCCAAUGGGCCGAAACGAACUCCUACCAUACGAUGGUGUGACUACCGCCUCCGAUCUGAACUGGUACCAGAGAACGAUCGGAUCGAUCCUGUUUGCCGCCGUACAGACAAGGGCCGAUAUCUCUUUUGCAACAUCAAGACUGGCUCGAUUUCUCAACAACCCGGGGCCACAGCACUGCCAAGCUGCCGAUCAGGUCCUAACUUACCUCAAGAGGACGCGAAACUACGCCCUUCAACUUGGAGGAGCAGACACGCUUGACAUUGCCAGUGACGCCUCAUUUGCUGACAAUUUCGCUUGA